AUGCCUAACUUUGGCGAGACAACCAUUCCAAAAUAUGGAUGGAGCAAGCCGACCAUCAUUCAAAUUCCUACUGCUUAUCAGCAAUACGUAGCAAGGAAUCAAUCUCGAGAGGACCCUUUCCUUGCUUGCGCUAGGAAUGAAAUUCCGCCUCCUGAUGGCUCCCCUUAUGAUGACCAGAAUGCUCAAUCUUAUGUUCUGGAACAUCCAUCUCGCUCUCAAUGGAGCAUGGGACGCAACCUUACUCAUCCUAAGCCUCCUACCAAAGCGGAUGGAGAUGAAGCACGCUCUGAGUGGGAGACCGUCGUUGGCGAUGACGAAGGCGACAGCCAAAUGGCCAAUGCACCGACCGCCGGGGUUACAUUGAAGAGCCUAGGUCUCGUCCCUGAGUCUGACGAUGACGCGAAUGAUGAUGAUUCCAAUGAUGGUGAUGCCCGAGAUGUCAAGGGCAAAGGAAAGAAGCCACCCUUCUCGAGACCUGGUACUCCAUUUGAUGCAUUCGGCUUUUCCAAGAGCCCAGAAAUACCUGAACCACGAUCUCUUAGAAUGGACAUGGAGGCGAGCACCCACCCAUCCGGCGUCUACUGCGGACAUACUGGAUUCGUCAGACAGCCUGUCCAUGGAGGCCCAAGCCAGACUGCAGGUCCAUCUCGCGCAAGAAAUGGACUACUCGGUGCCUUCCCCGUCAACUCCAAGACUUCGAGCGACGAGAGUACUGAUCGUUUCAAAUACGAUGGAGAGGCUUACUCGACCUUUUUGCAACCUUCCAGCACAAGGGAAACUAAAACCUCAAAGCGUCGGCCUACAGGCAUGUUCGAAGACCAAGGUUUCACCCUACGAACCAAAAAGGUCAAUGACGAGGUGCGAAUUCCCGUUGAUAGGGCUCAGAAGGCUCGUUACCAGCCCUACGUCCAACAGGACUCUGAGGCCGUCGUCGAGGAAGAAGAUGAUGAUGAGUGCUGGCCGCGAGUUUGCAAAGACGCUGGCACAGAGGCUGAUUGGCAAACUGUCACUACCGGGCCAGUUUGCAAGAUGCAAAAUCAAUCCGACCUCAAUCUCAUCAAAGGUACUGGCAGCAGCCUUGCCGAUGUCUCCGAUAUUAUGGAGGAACAACCCACCCCCAUCGAGCACCGUAGAGCUCCUGGUAUAAUCUCGCACCAACGCAAUCGAUCCAUCCACCGUGCUGAGGGAUUCUUCACCGAAGACCCCGCAUGGACUACUCCUCGCAUCAGAAAUGCUCGUGGAGUUCCUAAUGCUGGUCGUCGUCGUCAGCAAAUCUUUGAAGAGCCGAUCCGUCCCGCUGCCCGGCGAUUGUCGAAUCCCUUCAAGACUCCCCCAGACUGGAAAACUUCAGCCAGAGUCGUAGAGCUAGACGACGAUGAGGAGAAAGAAGAUUCGAAGCAAACUGUCCAAGGACGGGUAAUUGCUCCUCCUCUGACGCGUAACGACUCUACCGAGACCGUUUGGCCGGCAGUCCCUCGUCGUAACGAAACGGUGAACGAGUUCGACCAGGCUUUCUGCGAAACUCAGAUUGGCGAUACGACUCUGCCGAGUGAUGAUUCCGCCAACGUCUUCUCUCGUCUCCCGUUCGAUUUAAUCGAUUUGGAAGAAGCUGCCAAAUGCUACGGCUCUCAGAGAUAUCGCAACGCGGAGGCGGCUAACUCUUUUGCUGAGCGAGCAAGAUUUGGACCUCUCUGGUCUGGAAGCUCUCCCGAGGCUGGCCCAUCCUCUUCCGGUGCUUACCGUUUCGGUGGCUCUGACAAUCCCUCUGUGGAACGUCCCUCUACCGCGGUGUUUCGCGAUCAAGUGGCUCAUAGCCGUCCCACUGCUGAGUUUGACUUUAUCGACAACACUCCAACCCCGUCGUCGGCUAUUCUAGGCUCACUCAGAUCGAAACUAGGUCUACGACCAAAGCCGCCAGCUGAAGAAAGCCGCGCUGGACAUUUCCGAUCCGCAGCUGCCUUGGGAGCUAAAUGCCUUCGAAUCAAGGCUCCCCCUCCUGAAACUGAGAAUGACCAACAAUGGGCUACCAGAAACGAAACGGGAGGCGUGCUUACCCCCUCUGAGGCCGACCUGAUUGAAUCUGCUCGGGGAGAAAUCAUGGAACGUCGCCGAUGCCCUGAAGAAACGGAGCGCAAACGCAGAAUCUUGUUCAUUUGCAUCAUGGCUUCUUCCAUUGUUUUCCCUCUGAUUGGCCUUCUUGCUUUGAUUGGCAGAUUCGAUUCCACCGUCUGCUGGUAUGCUCUUGGCGAGACGCAGGGCUUCAGCAAAGAGCAGCGCGGCAUGCUCUUGCAGCAGCUCCUGGUCGAGAUCUUUGUCUAUACGAUUGUCAUUGUCUUUACGACUCUUCAUUUUUCAGGCAAACUCUGA